UCUAGGCGUAGUCCAACAUGCAUGCCAUGCGUACCGACCAAAACACUAACCUGCAGCCGGAUACGCACCAUUCAUAAAAAUACUAUGUGAAUACAAAUAACCUUUCCGUGUAAAGGAGGAGGAUCACCACGCGGAUCAGAUCACAUGACUGACUAAAGGACCUGAAGAAAGAGGGCAGAACAUCCUUGGGACUACAAAUUCUUUAAUCAACCGAUAUCAGAAUUAUAUUUUUCACAUUGAGCGAAAAAUCUUGGUCAUCUGAUCGUCCUCUCCCUUCUCACCCCCUCUGUCUGGCUGGGGUGAGAAGCUGGGGGUCCACAGAGAGAGAGGCGUAAAUGGCUGAGGAGCUGUGUACCGGCUGGUUUCGCAUCGUUGCAGGUACAGUAGGCUCCUUGGAGAUAGAGGAAUGCAAAUCUGCAACCAUGAUGGAAGGAUUGAAAAAACGUACCAGGAAGGCCUUUGGGAUACGGAAGAAAGAGAAGGACAAUGACUCAACGGGGUCCCCAGACAGAGAAGGGGGUUCUCAGAAGAAGACCAACGGGGCCCCUAAUGGCUUCUACGGAGAUAUUGACUGGGACAGAUAUAAUUCCCCUGAGGUGGACGAUGAGGGCUACAGCAUCAGGCCAGACGAGGAGUCAGAGGAGGGACCGAUUGCCACCAAAAAGCCCCACUUCUUUUCCUCUGAUGAGUCGGAAGAAGAGGAGGACCAAAGAAAAAAAUUCAAAAUCAAGAUCAAGCCACUGCCGGCUGAUCGUGUAACGACGACGCCCUCGGUCGACGAACUCAAAGCCUCCAUAGGCAACAUAGCCCUUUCCCCAUCUCCUCUGAGGAGUCCGAGACGUAGCCCGGGUUUGAAAAGGAACACAUCCAGUGAGGAGAUUGCCAGACCGAGACGUGUUGUCCCUACUGUACCCACUGUGGCCCCCACACCAGCUCCAGCACCACAACCCCCCAGCAGUAAAACACCAGUCACUGAAGACACCACAGCCUUAUUUGGGCCUCCUCUGGAAACAGCCUUUGGAGAACCAAAAACUGAAGUGGUUCUGUCUGAGUCCGAUGCGUGGGCGACUCCUCUGUCAGAGCCUGAAUCCUCUUUGACAAGAGCCUUCCCUACUGGAACUCCACCUCCACUUCCACCCAAGAAUGUCCCGACCUCCCCCCCAUCGACUGGCUCUGCAGAUGAAGGGUCAACAGAAGCAGACAGCACCAGGAAGCCCUCAAUAGCUGACUUGGACAACAUUUUUGGACCAGAAGAGGUUCCCCCUGCUGGUGAGGAUACAAGUGACACGUGGGUCUGCUUCAGUGAAGAACCUGCUGCCCGGCCGCCGCUACCAGAAGAAACAGCACCUCCGCUACCAGCCUCUCCACCUGAAUCUUCUGCCCCACCCUUACCUACAUCACCACCUCCUCCAGAUGACCCUGUGCCACCUCCUCUCCCUACCUCCCCUCCCCCAAAAGAAGAACCUGUACCCCCUCUACCAACCUCCCCACCUCCCUCAGAGGAGUCUGCUGCAGCUCCUGCCCCCUCAGGUCCUACUACACCUGAAGACAGAAGUCCUCUCACACUCGCCACCUCUCCUCCACCAAAGGAGCUUGCGUCUCCUCCCGCCUCCUCUCCCCCUCCCGCUGACUUACCCUCCAGCAUCCCGCCAGCCCCUGCUCCCAAAGCAAGAACCCCUCCAGCGGUGACUCCUCCGUCUGAGGAACCUGCAACACGGCCCGUCCCACCGCCUCUUGUCUUGUCUCAAGAGGAACAGUCCAAGAACACAGACACCACCCAACCCAAAGAGGACGGAGGUGAAAUCGUCACCUCGCCCAACGAUGGCAGCCAGGGGAGCCGGAGUACACCUCCCCCACCUCCUCCCCCCACAUACCGGGCUGUGGUGUCGUCACCAGGUCCCACAUCUGGAGCUGGUGGCACAAAUAGCGGUUCCUCCUCUCCAGUACGACCUGCUACUCCUUCGUCAGUCAACCCCACCCCACCCCCACCACCACCUCGACCCCCUUCACGGCCCAAACUUCCUCCAGGGAAACCCACCGUAGGAGAUCUAACUCGUCCGUUCAGUCCGCCGAUCCACUCUGCCAGCCCCCCGCCCAUCGCCCCGUUGGCACGGGCCGAGAGCACCUCCUCCAUCUCCUCCACCAAUUCCCUGAGUGCUGCCACCACCCCCACCGUCGGCAAAGAGCUCUCGGUGUCCGUGUCAGAGAAUGACCAGCCAUCCCUUGUAUGGUUUGACAGAGGGAAGUUUUAUUUAACCUUUGAAGGCUGCUCCAGAGGGCCCAGUCCUCUCACCAUGGGGGCUCAGGACACUCUUCCUGUGGCCGCCGCAUUCACAGAGACAGUCAACGCCUUCUUUAAAGGAGCUGAUCCCAGCAAGUGUGUUGUGAAGAUCAUAGGUGAGAUGGUUUUGUCGUUUCCGGCAGGAAUCACGCGGCACUUUGCCAAUAACCCGUCCCCUGCCGUGCUAACCUUCAGCAUAACCAACUACAGCCGACUGGAGCAUGUGUUGCCUAACCCCCAGCUCCUCUGCUGCGACACCACCACACAAGCCAAGGCUGAUGCCAAGGACUUUUGGGUGAACAUGCCAAACCUGAUAUCCCACUUAAAGAAGGUGGCAGAGCAGAAGCCACAGGCAACAUACUACAACGUGGACAUGCUCAAGUAUCAGGUAUCAGCGGAGGGGCUUCAGUCCAUUCCUCUAAAUCUAGCGGUGAGCUGGAGAUGCGAGCCCACCAGCACUGACCUGAGGAUAGACUAUAAAUACAACGGGGAGGCCAUGACGACGCCGAUGGCCCUCAACAACGUCCAAUUCCUCGUCCCUGUCGAUGGAGGGGUUUCAAAACUACAGGCUGUCUUACCUCCUGCCGCAUGGAAUGCGGAGCAUCAGAGAAUCCUUUGGAAGAUUCCUGAUAUUUCACAAAAAUCUGAAAACGGAGGUGUGGGAUCGUUGUUAGCACGCUUUCAGCUAACAGAAGGUCCCAGUAAACCGGCUCCACUGGCGGUGCAGUUCACCAGUGAGGGCAGCACCCUGUCAGGCUGUGACAUUGAACUGGCUGGGCCAGGAUACCGCUUCUCUCUCAUCAAGAAGAGGUUUGCCGCAGGAAAAUACCUGGCCGACAACUAACCCAUUCUACUGAGAACAGCGCUGUUCAAAACAAUCGCAGUGGACUGAGGUUGACACAGAGGACAAACCGACACCAGACAGACUUUCCAUUAACCUUUUUCUGAACCCACACGACAGGUGCGCAGCCUACCCAGCAGUAUUGUACAACUUGCAUAUAGCAUCGUGGAGCUGUUUUAGGUCAUGUAAUUAUCGUAUUUGUAUUCAUUUCAUAACAUCCGUAUUGCUGCAGUUAAGACAUCUGGGUUCUUCCUCCCUCUGAAGUCUGUGUGUCCCUUGUCUCCAUCCUCCUCUGGUCAAUUUGUGGUGGUGUGUUUUUUAAAGUUUCACUGCAGCUGCCUGACCGAAGACAUGGACAGAAAGUGUUUAGAGACAGAUUUGAACUCUGUGCUGUCUGUUGUCCAGAAAGAGCCCAGAAAGAUUUGGCCGUGAAAAAAUAUCCUUGAAUAAAAUCGUUGUGGUCAAACUUCCGACGCACCCAAAGCUAGACUAGUUGAAGCAGGGCCCAGGACAUUUCAUAGUAAUUUAUACAUCUUUACCAGAUUAAAAAAUAUCAUCUCGUCUGUCAGAAUCAGACCUCAAAGCCUGAGACAGCUGUCCUCACAGUUUUGCACUGAUGCCAGCACGUAAAUGCAUUUACCGAUGCAUUUGUUAAGUAUGUUGUCAGAAACCGUUCAAUGGAAGACGUCGGUUUGCAAUCAGGCUCAAGUUACUACAAACAAACAACUAGAUUUUCAUGCAUCACCUACUGGUACUACAGGGUCACAUGACUUUGGAUCGCAUCCUUUUUAAAUAUAAAUGCACUGAUCAGUCAAUCAAACUGUUUAUUUUAUUUCUCUGGAAUACACAGACAUGGAGAGGUUUUUUAGCCAGUUAGGCAGCUGCAAUGAUUAAUCAAUGUACUGGUUGCAAAAUAAGAAAAUGCGUUUUUUCCCGUCAGAACAAAAGAAAUGUACAAAGUGUCAUUUUAAAUCAAUAAUAUAUAUCUUAAAGGGCGUUUGGUGUUUUCCUCGUAUUGUCAGAUAGCCUUUCUGUUGUUCCCAGGACAGCAGUGAUAGACUCCAGAGUACAUGACAGCAUUCUAUUUUUAUUUAUUGAUGACGAUGAUUUGUUGUAUAAAACGUGAUUCUGUAUACGAAUAGAAUUUGAAUGGUAUCACACAACUCAGAACCCUUAAAGGUAUAAAUAUUUGAACUCUCUCUCUUUUUUUGUUAUCUGUGUAGUUGGGUAACCUGUGUACAGUAUAAGGUAUAAUUUUUGAAUUUAUUUCAGAUAUAAUUUUUUAACUCAAGUGCAACUGAAGAUUUGAGCUAUAUAUGGGGGAGGGCGGGGUGGAGGGGGGGUAAUUUAAAGAAAAAGAUAAAUAUCUUCCUGGAUGCUGUGUUAUGCUUUGUCAAAGCAGUGUUAAUGUAGAGUUAGUCAUACCAUGGGCAAGGUCCACACUUUAAAGAGUUGAACACUUUGAGAAUGUGGCUUAUUUGUCUUUAUCCAAGAGUUAGAGGAGAUGAUCGGUGCCGCUCAUACAUCUGUCUGUUCAACGCGAGGCUGGAGCCAGGAGACGGUUAGCUUAGCAUAAAGACUUUGAUCCAGCUACCCUGCUUCUGUUUGAUGGUGCUCAGCACUUCAACUUUUAGACACAGAGGUGCUUUUUAGUCAUGCUGGCUUGCAGCAGUGUAGGUCAGUUGAUCCACCACGUUAGUCCAGAAUAUCUCAACAACUAUUGGAUGGAUUGCCGUGAAAUUUAAAAUUCAUGUUCCCCUCAAGCUGAAGAUGAAGUUGACAAGAUGUACUGGUCCAAUUUGGCUUAUAUCUGUCUGCGAAACAUCUUUUACGGGGAAGGUCAGGAUUUAGCGCAAAGCAUCGCUGUAUCUUAGUGCUGUUUACCUUUUGUUUACCUUUUGUUUACCUUUGUCCAACACUUAUGCUAAGCUAAGCUAACUGUCUUGUGGCUCCAGCUGAACAUUUACCACACAGAUAUGAAAGUGGCUUCAGUCUUCUCACAUAAUCCUCUGCAAAGAAAGUGAGCCAGCGUAUUUCCCAAAUUGUUGAACUCUUCUUUUUAAUAAAGUCAAGACAAUGACAACAAAAGCAAUCAGUUUUCCUCAACAGCAGUGAUGAAGUUUGGUGACUGUGGUACCACUACUGGAACAGGAUUUGUUUGUUUUUGAUUUUUGUUUGUUUGUUUUUUAUUCAAACCUCAUAAAAACCGAAAAGAAAACACUCUUGUAUUAAAUCUCAGUUCCCACAUCAACCGAUUCAGACCACGUGUCUGUCCUGUUUCCAUUCACCUCAGUGGUACCUAAACUCCCUGACUAUAUCAUGAGCACACCCCUGAUCAUCCAACCAGCGCUUGAAUCCAUGGCUUUAUUUUGCAUAAUCGUAAUGGUCUCUGUGAGAUGACAAGAAUUGAAUGAGGUUGUGGAGCAAGGUUAAGUUGACCAAAAUGCUUUUCUUUUUCUUUUCUUUUUUUGUGUAUUUUAUGUGUGUGUACCCCGGACAGUCAGUCCUCUGUUAAGGAGAAUAAGCUGAAUAUUUUUAAAACGGAUAAAAGUGAAAAAAUAUUAUAUUGUUUAAUGUGUAAAAAACAAAACAAAACACAAAAAAAAAACACUGUGCUGAUGAUGUUGAACUUCCUGAAUGCUCUGACGCUCAACAUGAAGAACAAAAAGUAUGUGUGAAGUGUAGCCGAAUAUCUCUGUACUGUACUGUAUGUCGGCAUUCUGCUAAAUGCAACCAAUCAUGGUCCUCUCAGAGCCAUCGUAGAAGCAUCUUUAGGACAAGAGGACUAUUAGUAACAUGUCGAUACUCCUAUUUAACGAUAGAGUACUUUUGAUCGGACAUACUUUUAAACAUAUGUGCUUUUUUGGCUCAUGAAGAGUUCAGAUUUGUGCUGUGCAGUUAAACUGAAUAUCUUGUUUUUGACCUGCACUCAGUCUAAAAAGAGCAUUGUGGAUUACUCUGAGGUUGCAUUUCAUUUGUUAAUGCAAGGUGAUAAUGAUUGGUGCCAUUUAGCUCCCACGUUAAUUUGGUAACAUUUUCUCUCAGUCAUGUCUGCCCAUCUCUUCGAAUGGAUGGAUCAACACGGCUGACAGGAAGCUGUAACCUUCCGAGUGAACCUUGAAGCCAGUGCAACAGUCACUACAGCAUUAUCUACAGAGGCCCACCGUACACAUCUCCCGUCAUACAUCUGCUUUUUAAAUUACCACUACACUUCAGGUCUUUCAGCUUGAAAGUCAUGGCACAGAACAAAACUCGCUCUCUUUCUGUUAGUUGCCUAGAUUAUUUUCAUUAUCUCUUUUUUUUUUUAAACGGAACAAAACUUGUUUCCCAGAUCUUCAUCUCUGUGGUUAACUUGUCCUGCAGUAAUUCAUUAUUGCAUGCAGAGCAUGCAGUAAAAGGUGAGGCAUCUAUGACGAUAGGUAGUACUGAAAUGACGUGUUGUGCUGUGUGUCAGUUACUCGUAUUAAUGUUGAAAAGAGCGCAGGGAGUGUGUUUAUGUGUGCUAUACGCCAGAAUGCUUUUUGGUUCUGUACCGUUAACCUCAAACACAUGUGCAAGCUGUUUGUACAGUACAUAACAAUGCUAAGAUGAACUGAGAAACUUAGUUUGCUUCUUUCCAAAACCAAUAAAAGUUAUAACUGGA